AUGGCCGCCUUGCCGUUCAGCCACAGCGCUGGGCCUGGAGCCUCGCUCUUGGGCCUGAGCCGCUGUGUCCUGCUGCUGCUGCCGCUGCUGACCUCGGGUUAUAAAGAAAACACUUCCAUACCAGUUUGCGGCAGACCCUGGUGGUCCGAGGAUUUGGAAGUGACCCGCCACUGGCCCUGGGAGGUGAGCCUCCGGCUAGAGAAUGAACACGUAUGUGGAGGGGCCCUCAUUGAACUCAACUGGGUGGUCACUGCUGCCCACUGCAUCCAAGGCACCAAAGAGUACUCAGUGAUCCUGGGCACCUCCAAGCUGAAGCCCCUGCAGGCUUCCUUGAUCCCCGUGAAGGACAUCAUCCUGCACCCCAAGUUCUGGGGCCGGACCUUCAUCAUGGGGGAUAUGGCCCUUCUCCAGCUUCACAGCCCCGCCACCUUCAGCAAGUAUGUACAGCCCAUCUGCCUCCCGGAGCCCAGCUACAACCUGAAGGUGGGGACCCAGUGCUGGGUAACUGGCUGGGGCCAGGUCAAACAGCGCUUCUCAGCUAACUCCACACUGACCACGGAGCUGCAGGAGGCUGAGGUGUUCAUCAUGGACAACAAGAAGUGUGACCAGAUUUACCGCAAGAAGUCCUUCCUCCCCCACCUUGUCCCCCUUGUCCUGGGGGACAUGAUCUGUGCCACCAACUACGGAGAGAACUUGUGCUCUGGGGAUUCUGGCGGCCCACUCGCUUGCGAAGUCGAGGGCAGAUGGAUUCUGGCUGGGGUGUUGUCCUGGGAAAAGGCCUGUGCCAAAGCGGAGAACCCAGGCGUGUACACCCGCGUCACCAAAUACAGCAAAUGGAUCAGGAAGCAAAUAGGCAGUGAGGCUCUCUCAGGCCCCCCAGCCUCUGCCUGGCUCCUACUCCUGCUCUGGCUGCUGCAGCCCCAGAUGGGUCCUUAG